CGGAGUUUUAGAUUGUUGCGAAUGAAAACAACGCUAUGACAUAAUAUUCAUGAUAUUCCUUCUUAUUCUCAUUUAUCAUUGUUCAUUGCGUAUAUUGCGUCCGUCGGCGUCGUCAGAUUGCUGUCCGUCUACUCCGUUCCGCAGUAUUCUCAUAUUCCAAGUUUCAAAUUUUCAGUACGGUUUCGCCGCAAUUCGCCAGUUUGCCCAGUUUGGCUUUGGUUUCGUCUGCGGGCGUGUGACUUGAAAGGUGAAGGUAACACUGAGCUGCUUGCGAACGUUUCUAACCUCAAAAACGCGAAUGUUUAAUUUUACCGUUUUCGUUCAUUUUUCGCAAGAAUGGUGAAAAAAAUUCAAUGGAUCUCGUAUAGUUUUGUUUAUUUUGUUUUGAUUGACUGUUACAUCCUUUGUUCUUCUGAUCACAAUCGCAAAAUUUGCAAACAUGUCCAUCCAAAACAACAAGAGGUUUUGCAUACCAGAAUAGAUCCACUACAUGUUCUGACCAAAAGAAGUGCCGACCAGUCACUUAGAAUAUUGCUGUAUUAUGACCAAAGCGUAUACAGAUUAGACCCACAAAGAUUCGAACUAAUAAAUGAAGAAAAUUACAAUAGAUUAAAAGAAGAAGAAGAAAAGCGCAGAGAAGUUGCCUCAAAUUUUACUGAAAAAUUAAACACUCUCACACAGCUCAUGGAUGAAAACAAAGACAAGUCUAUUCGUUUGAGGGAAGAAAAUAUUAAUAUGACAUCAAAAUUAACUGAACUUUACGAUCAGUUUCAGGAAAGGGAAACCCAUGUGGCUAACGUGAAUAAACAGAUGGAGCUUCAAAAAAAACUUUCAGAGACUCAAUUAAAAAAAAUAGAAUUUGAAUUUGAAACUGAGCGUGAGAUUUGGAAGAAAGAACGGACUUUAUUGGUAGCAAACUUGCAGAGAAGUGAUGAGACAAACAAAGUAUUACAAGAAAAUGUUAAGAGCUUACAACAGCAUUUAGAUUCAUAUCAGAAACAGUAUAGUGAUUUUGAAACUACUAUGAAACGAAGUAAUAAGGUCUUCGAUUCUUUCAAAGAAGAAAUGACCAAGAUGCAAAAAGCGAAUAGUGUUUUGGAGAAAGACCGCAAUGAAUGGCACGAGCGUUGGAAGGGCAGCACCCAAAAGUGCCUUCAACUCACUGAGUUGAGUCAAGCCACAACCAACGAACUAAAAACAGUUCAAAAGAAGUUGGAUGCUUUAGAGAAACUUUGCAGGAAGCUCCAAACUGAACGUGCUUAUUAUUUACAACAAUUGAAAGUUCAUAACAUUUCUGCUAUUACCCCUGUAGAUGAGGAGAGUCACAACAACAUUGUUGCUGUGAUGCCUGGUACUUCAAGAAGUGACCCUGGAGUUGUAACUGCAGUUACAAGCUCAGUUAGCCAAUCUGAACAGUCUUCUGGAGAACACUCUGGAGAUUCCAGUAUUAACUCUUCAGAGCCACCCAGAAGAAAGGUUAUACUAGGACAACUUGGUUCUCGAAGUGAACCGGAUUUGAAAAAACAGUCUGAAGUGGUAUGUCCCAUUGGACCUGGCUCUACAGGUACAUACACAGUGGACUAUGAAUCCAGUGUGUCUGAAAUUACACCCAAUUCAACCUCUGAUUUGAGUGGUUUAGAUGAGAGUCCACGAGUGCCAGCCGACUACAUUUCAGUAUCUCCAAUGGAUUCUGAUACCGACUAUAUCCCCAAGAAGGAAGAGAAGACUGAAAGUUUAGAAAAAGAUGUUUAAAUGGCCAAUUGUUUACAUGUUUCCGUUCCGAAAUUAUUUAUUUUUACCUGGGAUCGCCCGAUUCUGGGUUUUUACUUAAACAUUGUUUGUAUUGUUCGAGUUUGUGAACAUUUCAUUAAAGGAAAAUAAUUUCCACUUGGCAUUCAUCCAUAGGUACCCAAAAGCAUUUUUAGAUCAUCCAUACAG